UUCGAUUCCCACCGUGGUCCUGUGUGUGUGGAGUUUGCAUGUUCUCCCCGUGCUUCGGGGGUUUCCUCCGGGUACUCCGGUUUCCUCCCCCAGUCCAAAGACACGCAUGGUAGGCUGAUUGGCGUGUCUAAAGUGUCCGUAGUGUAUGAAUGGGUGUGUGAUUGUGCCCUGCGAUGGAUUGGCACCCUGUCCAGGGUGUACCUUGUGCCUGAUGCUCCCUGGGAUAGACUCCAGGUUCCCCCACGACCCUGAAAAGGAUAAGUGGUAUAGAAGAUGGAUGGAUGGAUGGGACUUCUCUUCUUGCUCACGUCUUCCCUCAGAUAGAUUACAAACUGUCAGCAGGCCAGUAUCUGUUAUGCUAAUACCUGGUAGGGCGUUGGGCUCAUGAAUAUUAAUCACGUUGUAUGUGUUGUCCCAAACUGAUUUGCUGAUGUCAAAACACCGAUAGUGAGCGCUAGCCAAUGGGAAAACCGCUUGCGUAUUAGUUCCAGUAACAUAUUUCCUGUUUUCGAAUCGUUUGCCGGGAGCUUCUGGCUUGUGUCGAGGUUUAAAUUAUUCCGUUCCUUUCUUUAUCCGUUAACAAUUUCGUUUUAAUUUCUUGUAGUUUCACUUUCCUUUCUGCUGUAGUUUCAUUUUUUUUUUCGAAGAACGCUUUUGUUUUUGUUUUUUUGACUAAAGACGGCAAGUGGAGUCCACCCAUGUCGGAUCCGUCUGAAUAAUAUCAACAAAUCUUCGACUGAGAAACUGAAACUAUGCCACCGAAGAAGACAGUCGGAGGAAAAAUGGCUGCAAAAAAGAAAACGAAGGCUAAGACAGCUAGAGCAAAAACGGCUACAAAAAAGAAAACGAAGGCUAAUACAGUCGGAGCAAAAUCAGCUUCGAGAAAGAAAACGAAGACAAAGCCAGUAAAAGUGAAUCAGGGACCAAAAAAAGGAAAAAAAGUUACAGUUCAAGGAAACAAGCCUGCACCUCCCAAAAUGAAAGCAAAUCCAAAGACAGGAAUGAAGUCAACAAACAACAAACCAAAAGCUGGUGCAGUGAAAAGAGUGGUGGGACCGCAGAAGAGAAAAAAUCCUAAUCCAGCAGAAGGCCAGAGUCUAGCAAAAAAGAAGAGAAAGUCUCCAGCAUGUAAUAUGCAAAGCACGUCCGUGACGGCUCUUCCUAAAGUCCAGCGAUCAGUUGCAUCUCCUCCGACCAUUCUUCCUGUUUGUAUGAGUCAGUUCCGAUUAAGUGAUUCACAAAAGUGCGAUAAAGAUAACAUGCCUGUUCCAGCUCUAACUCAACCCAGUGUGCAUGUUGUUGCGGUUCCUGUGGCAGGUAACUUCACGGUUCAAACAUCUGGCAGGAGCGAUUUUUGCCAGCCUUCAGGUGGCCCAACGAAUCGAUUUAAUAACGGUGACACGAUCAACCAAGGAGUUACUAACAAUGCUGCAGUGUGUGCACAGAGAGAUCAGAUAGACAACUCUCAAACUGGAAGCGACAAUAUUCAAGAUGAAAACCUGUUGUUUCUAAGGAAAAACAAUGUUAAGUUAAUCGACGGGGUAAAAAAUGUCCCUGAAAUCCUUGAUCGCCUCGAAUUAACCAACGAAAAAGCAGCGAUAGUGCGAGCAGAGAGGACAGAUCAGGAGAGGAUGAGGAAGCUUCUGGAGUUCACGACCAGCACACAUGGUGCAAAGUUUCUAGUCACAGCCUUGUGGAGCUGCGCAAGCGAUGUCAUGGAAGACCUGGCCAACACCAACUGAAGAUCAACGAAUAGAUUCCAGCUCUGACGCAUCACUUCGAUUUCAUCGAUCAGUGAACAUCAGCGGGUCACAUCAUUUGUCCAAUGUUUUUAUCUAAAGUUGUUUGUUGUCUUAUUUUAUUAUUAUUAUUUUUUUUUUUUACAUACAUGUAUUUUUCUAUACCCAAGAUGUGAGUUCUGACAUGAAGUUUAAAAAAAAAAAAAAAGGGAAAUUUUUAUAUCAGGUUCUUAAAUAAUGUUUUUAAAGAAAUUGCUGACAAUCAAGCUCAAACUAUUUCCAUUUCAAGCAAAGUCUAUUUUAUGCAAAUAAUUUAAGCAGUGGGUCUUCUUAGAAAUGUUACCUGUUUAGCUAAGUUCAACUGAACUCUUUAUUAGUCGGACUCUAAUACGCUAAGUGAUGCACCUCCACCCAUCUAGCUGCUCUUAUAUCCAAUUUUUUUAACAAAAGAUUAAACAGUAAAGACAAUUUUUCACAGCCUUCUUUGCUCAUAUUUACCAAGUCUGCCAAUAUUAGUGGAGGCCACUGUAUGUAAAAAAAUAAAUAAAUCAAUAAAACAACAAUACAAAAAUGGUG